GGGGCGGACACUCAGCAUCCCUCAGCCUCCGCCCGUCUCUCUCCGGCUCUGCCUCUCUGAGACCGAGGAGCUGCUGGGAGGAACAUAAACAAAAAAAAAAUAAAGAAAGAAACUGUGAAACUGUCCAGAGAGAGGUGAUGGCCGCCGGUGGAGGAUGCGGGGAGUCCGUGGAUCAGUACCGGGCCGAGGUGGAGAGGCUCGCGCAGGAGCUGGCCGAGGCGAACCGGGAGAAGAUCCGGGCUGCGGAGUGCGGUCUGGCCGUCCUGGAGGAGAACCAGGCCCUCAAACAGAAGUACGGAGAGCUGGAAAGCGAGCAGGAGGCUCUCAGGAAGGAGUUGGAGCAGCUACAGGAGGCGUUUGGCCAGGCCUACACCAACCAGCGUAAGGUGGCAGAGGAUGGUGAGACCAACGAGGAGACUCUGCUCCAGGAAUCUGCUUCCAAGGAGGCCUACUACAUGAGUCGCCUGUUGGAGCUGCAGACGGAGGUGACGCUGAGCCAUUCUGUGGCAUCCAACGCCCAAUCAGAGAACGAGAGGCUCAACCUGCUUCUGCAGGAGCUGCGAGAGAGUAACGAGAUGUUGGAACUCCAAAGGAGCAGGAUGAGGGAGGAGAUCAAGGAGUACAAGUUCAGGGAGACCAGGCUGCUUCAAGACUACACAGAGCUUGAAGAGGAGAACAUAACGCUGCAGAAACUGGUGUCCACACUCAAGCAGAACCAGGUGGAGUACGAGGGACUGAAACAUGAAAUCAAGGUGCUGGAAGAGGAAACUGUUCUCCUUAACAGCCAGCUGGAAGACGCACUGCGCUUGAAGGAGAUCUCUGAGGGUCAGUUGGAGGAAGCCCUGGAUGCCCUGAAGACUGAGCGUGAGCAGAAGAACAAUCUGAGGAAAGAACUGGCCCACCACAUCAGUCUGAGUGACAGCGUUUACGGUGCGGGGGCCCAUCUGGCGCUCACUGUCACUGGCGUUGAGGGUCUUAAGUUCCCCGAGGAGACCAACGGAACCAACGGCUCUAACGGCAGCGUUGUUCCUGCUGCUAACGGCAACAAUGAGGACUGCAACCGCUGCAACGGUCACCUCCACAAUGGAUCAGGGUUAGCUAAGAUGAAUGGGGAGUACCGCGCAGGCAGGAAAGGAGAAGGCCUCGUCCCAGACCUGUUCAGUGAGCUUAACCUGUCCGAGAUGCAGAAGCUCAAACAGCAGCUGCUGCAGGUGGAGUGUGAAAAAGCAGCCCUGCUCAUGAACCUGCAGGAGUCUCAGACUCAGUUACAGCACACGCAGGGCGCUCUGACGGAGCAGAACGAGCGCGUCCAUCGCCUCACCGAGCACGUAAACGCCUUGAAACACCUCAGUGGAGACAAAGAGCUUGAUGACCCACAGGAAAGUGAGAAACCUGAUGGUGGCUCCUUGCUGCCAACAGCCCACAGCCACCGCAACCUUGAUGUCCACGGGUUUGAGAUCCUGGAGUGUAAGUACAAGGUGGCGGUGACUGAGGUUAUUGACUUGAAAGCAGAACUGAAGGCCUUAAAGGAGAAGUACAACCAGGAGGUGGAGGGACAGGGGGAGUGUCACAGUGAUGACAGAGUCCAGGCUUUGAGUGAACAGAUAUCUUAUCUGGAGCGGAGCUACCGUGAGAGCCGGGAAAGGGUGGUGAGCCUGGAGGCAGAGCUCCGAGCAGCAACAAGCACUGCAACCGAGAGUCAGAGCAAUCUGAACGCAGCGCAGGAUGAGCUGGUGACGUUCAGUGAGGAGCUGGCACAGCUCUACCAUCACGUCUGUCUCUGUAACAACGAGACACCGAACCGCGUCAUGCUGGACUAUUACCGCCAGAGCCGCAUCACACGCAGCGGAAGCCUCAAAGGCUCCGACGAUCCUCGGGCUUUGCUCUCCCCUCGCCUCACACGACGCCUCGCCGCAGCAUCUGCAGCCUGCUCCCCUGACCCCUCACGCAGUCCUUUGGACUCCCCAUGCACUCACCACAGUGAGCUGUCGACUAACUCAGUGGACUCUUCAUCCUGCCAUAGUAGCCCCAGCCGCAAUAUCACAGGGUCUCCGACCAUCAGCAUCUCUCGUUGCCCUUCUCCAGUGCCCGCAGAUGCAGUUGGGGAUCUGCGAAAGGAGCCAAUGAACAUCUAUAACCUAAAUGCUAUAAUCAGAGACCAAAUCAAACAUCUCCAGAGAGCUGUUGAUCGUUCGCUGCAGCUGUCCAGGCAGAGAGCCGCUGCCAGGGAGCUGGCACCGAUGCUGGACAAAGACAAGGAGUCCUGUAUGGAGGAGAUUCUGAAGCUCAAGUCCCUGCUGAGUACCAAGAGAGAACAGAUCGCCACGCUAAGGCUGGUGCUCAAAGCCAAUAAGCAGACAGCAGAAAACGCUUUGGCUAACCUGAAGAGCAAGUAUGAGAAUGAAAAGGCGAUGGUGACAGAGACAAUGAUGAAGCUGAGGAAUGAGCUGAAGGCUUUAAAAGAAGAUGCUGCCACGUUUUCCUCUCUCAGAGCCAUGUUUGCCACACGAUGUGAUGAGUAUGUUACCCAGCUGGAUGAGAUGCAGAGACAGCUCGCGGCAGCAGAAGAUGAGAAGAAGACUCUGAACUCGCUCCUACGUAUGGCCAUCCAGCAGAAACUGGCCUUGACUCAACGUCUUGAAGAUCUGGAGUUUGAUCAUGAACAGAUUCACCGUGGCCGAGGUGCUAAAGUGCCGAAGAUUAAAAGCAGCCCUCCUAAAUUUUUUGUAGAUUGUCAGCAGCCUGCUGUCUCAGUACCGUCACUCUCCCCACAAAUAAGGCGAGGGAGAGCCUCCCUACGCCGCAGUCGUAAAUAUACGGCAGAGCUCCUGGAACACCAGACAGUCGUGUCCAGCAGCCACAGCCUUCUCUCCUCCUGUGACCCACGUAACUGCCUGGCCCACCAGCCCCACUUUCCGGGUACGUAACGACGCCGCUCCAGCCCCAACCCCAGCCUCGGUCUGGUAGGAGUCACUCGGAGGCAGAGACACCCUGGAUGAGGGAUUUAUUUUCCCUCAGCCCAGUAGUCGAACCCGGUGCUUACAGGACUCUGUCCCCUCCCCAAGCUCUACGUGGCCCG